UGGCUCGCCCGGACCGGUGCUGCUAGGAGGAGAGGGGCAGGUGGCGCGUCUGCGGGAGGAGCGCAGUCGCCUGGUCGCCGUGGUCGCCGUGGUCACGAGGCGAGGCCCCGGUGGGUCCCGGAGCUGCUCUGGCAUUUUCCUUUCUUUUGUUACAAUUGAAGAAAAUACUAAAACGAAGACUUUCCCCAAAUCAUAGAGAUAGGUUGAAGGUUUGGAACAAAUGUGGCAAGAUGUUCACCUCAGAGAUAGGGGUUGUGGAAGAAUGGCUGUCAGAAUUUAAGACACUCCCAGAAACAUCUUUGCCAAAUUAUGCCACAAAUUUGAAAGACAAGAGUUCUUUAGUUUCAUCUCUCUAUAAAGUUAUCCAGGAGCCACAAAGUGAGUUGCUAGAGCCUGUGUGUCACCAGCUCUUUGAGUUCUACCGCAGUGGGGAGGAGCAGCUACUGCGGUUCACCCUGCAGUUCCUCCCAGAGCUGAUCUGGUGCUACCUCGCCAUGUCGGCCAGCAGAAAUGUGCACAGCAGUGGCUGCAUCGAGGCCCUUCUUCUAGGGGUUUACAACCUGGAAAUAGUUGACAAACAGGGACAUAGUAAAGUAUUGAGUUUUACAAUUCCAUCUUUAUCCAAACCAUCUGUAUAUCAUGAACCUUCCAGCAUUGGGUCUAUGGCCCUGACUGAGAGUGCACUGUCCCAGCAUGGCUUGUCAAAAGUAGUGUACAGUGGGCCCCAUCCUCAGAGGGAGAUGCUGACAGCACAGAACAGGUUCGAAGUGUUGACAUUCCUUUUGUUGUGUUACAAUGCUGCCUUAACCUAUAUGCCCAGUGUUUCUCUUCAAUCACUGUGUCAGAUUUGUUCAAGAAUCUGUGUCUGUGGAUAUCCUCGACAACAUGUAAGAAAAUACAAAGGUGUAAGUAACAGAAUACCAAUUUCAUCUGGAUUCAUGGUGCAGAUGCUAACAGGAGUCUAUUUUGCCUUAUACAAUGGAGAAUGGGAUCUAGCUCAGAAAGCAUUGGAUGAUAUUAUAUACAGAGCCCAGCUAGAAUUAUAUCCAGAGCCACUGCUGGUUGCUAAUGCAAUAAAGGCUUCAUUGCCUCAUGGUGCCAUGAAAUCUAGUAAGGAAGGUACAAGGUGUAUUCAAGUUGAAAUCACACCAACAUCCUCUAGAAUAUCAAGAAAUGCAGUUACAAGCAUGUCAAUAAGAGGUCACAGGUGGAAAAGGCAUGGAGAUACAGAAUUAACAGGUCAAGAGGAACUGAUGGAGAUAACUGAAGUUGACGAGGGAUUUUAUUCCAGGGCUGCGUCUAGCACCAGCCAGUCGGGUCUCUCAAACAGUAGUCACAAUUGUAGUAACAAGACAGGUGUAGGAAAGAACCAGAGACGGUCAGGAGGAAGCAGAGCUGGAGCAAAAGAGAGAGAACCUGCAGGGGAAUCUUGCAGAGAUCACUUUGCUCGCAAACAAACCCAGAGAGCCCAGAGCGAGAACCUUGAGCUUCUCUCUCUGAAGAGACUGACCUUGACCUCCAGCCAGUCCCUGCCCAAGCCCAGCAGCCAAGGCUUGGCUAAGACUGCGGCCACUGUGUUUAGUAAAUCCUUUGAACAGGUCAGUGGUGUCCCAGUCCCUCGCAGCCCCUCUCCUGCCGUUGGCUGUGUUGCUGGGGCAGAUGCCCAUAGGUUUUCUGCUUGUAGUCUCCAAGAAGAGAAGCUCGCUUACGUGUCAGAAAGGACUGAGCUUGCUGUGAAGUAUCGAGCAGGUCCGCAGGGACCUCCCAGUCUUAGCGUCACUUUGUCCGCAGAUUAACUUGUUACUUAUUUUCUCUUGUAACCAGUGAGGCUGGAAAGAUGGCUUUGCUCCUAUAUGGAAGUACCGAGUCCUUCAUGCCUGGUCCUGGCAGGAGGCCUGUGUCUUGAAUUCGGAAGGCUCCUUUGACUAUAAAGGGAAGAAUGAGUAGUUUGCAGAAAACUGAGAUAUGGUCUUGUAAUUUCUUGGGUACCCUUCUCCCCUUGGCUUGAGUUCUUUACUCUUUCUUCCUCCUUCCCAUCCCUUGUUAUUGUUGCUCUAAGAUUGUCAACGUGACAAUAAAGUUUUGCAGUUGUCUGAGUUGGUACAUCCUCAGUGAGGUUGUUUUUAAUACCUCGUAUGGUAGUGUCUGUGUGUUUUGCCCUGAGAAGUCAAAGAGAGUCUCUGUAUGAGAGGACUUGGCUGUGGAGCCUUGGACAGAGGAGCGAGUCUGUGAAGCCAUGACGACACACAGGCCUGUGGAAAAGAAGAGAGCCGCGAGGAUGCCAAGUGCCAUCAAAGCUCUGUGACCACAACAUCCUUAAGAUGAGGACAGUUUGCUCACACACUGCAGGUUGCCUGGCAGGACAGUUGCAAAGGGAAGGCGGGAGGAUUUCUGUUGGUGUCCUUAGAACAUUAAAUUGCAAAACUGAGACUGCUGGUAGAUAACAUUGUCAAGCAUUUGAUCUGGAUCCCACAGGUGGAAGUCCCUUUCGGUUUCUAAAGUGUAACCAGCCAUAAAGCUGAAUGACUCUGCUGCUCAACUCUGGAAAUCCUAGUUAGAUUGUAUUUUAGAGUUCAGAGCUUACAUCACAGAAGACUUCCUGGAAACCACUGUAAAUCUUGCAACGUAGCUCCCAAGAUACCAGUAUCAAGCAUUUAAUAAUGAACUGUCUGCAAAUGAAGGAAAUAGAUAAUUUUUCAUCUACAAAAUGUGAUAAAAGAAAAUGAAGCCAGGGACUAUGGACAACGGACACUGUGCAUUAUCUUAGGACUGCUUGUGUUUGUCUUCUUCAAUUUAAUAUAAGAAAAGAAGAAUGUACUUCUCGUAAGUGUUCUUGUUAUGAUGUAGAAAGAAUAAUUCAGUUACACACCCACCCCUGCCAAUCAAACACGUAAACUAAGAAAGGCGGUAAGGCAGAAGCUAAGCAGCUGUGUUGGGAGCAUGGGGAGCUCUGUGACCUCUUGGGGAGGACUCGCAGGCUCGGUGCCUGUGCUGAUCUGCUCUGUUGGCUGAAGCACCGAAGGAGCCGGUGUGUUCUAGUAGUGAUUGGAGUGAGGAAGCAAGGUCAGUGGGGAAGACCUGGGAAGCUGACCACUUCCUGGUUUCCUUGACUCUUAGUACACCAAGGUCUCCUUACUCAUGGUCCCUAGCUGUGGUCACAAGAACGUGCUUGGGUUUCCGUUUUGAACCCACGUGGGUCCAGCUCAUAUUGACGACAAAACUGCAUUGUUGUAGAGUGCAAAACAUUGACAGCUGAGGUCCAGUUCUAAAUGCUCACCUACAGGCUAAGACCUGUGCUUCUCAGCAUCAAUGAGUUUAACAUUUUAGUUUCAGUAAUGAAUGAACUGUUGACUUAAAUUGUCUUCAAAAGUUAUAGGGUAACUAGAGAGUAAGAUUGAUAUUGUAAUGAUUUAAUAGUAAUCUUGUAUACCAUUGAAAAUGUUUGUAAAAUGUCACUGUGAAGUUCCUAUUUUCUUUUUGUAAUUCUUUAACAAAGAGCUUUUCUUACACAUAGUCACUAACAGUAUUGAUAAAUAUUAAGAAGAAAUUGAAAAGAUUGUUAUUAGACAAGUUAAGGGGCUUGCUUAAGCAUAGAAUAAGUUUAAAGCAACAUCUGGCAUAAAUGAGAGAUAAGGAUAAUGUUCAACUACUAUAAGGAAACCUCAUUUUGAUAUUGUUCAAGACAUUUGCUACUUAUGUGGUUCAAAGACGAUUGGUGUGACCUGGUAUCUUAAUAGAACUUCACAGUUUUAGGGGCAGACCUAGUAAAUCAAAACUGGCAUUUUAACAAGGUCCCCAAUGAUGCUUGUGUGCAUUCAUCUUUGUGCAGGCAGUUUCAGAGUGCUAUACUUGUCUAAUAUGCAGGAGUCUCAGUGGUCUCACAGCCUGCAAGCACAGAUAUUAGAUCCUAGAUUGUCAUACCGUCAUUGGCUUUGACAGCUCAUUAACUUUUUAAUAACAUAGACACAUGACUUGUUACACCCUCUCAUUUUAAGUUCCUAGUUCUCACUUAUUUCUGUAGUAAAAAUGAGGCAUCGUCUGCUUCUCUUGUUGAUUGUGAAUGAAAUCAGAGCCUCGGAUGCUGCAGCUUCUAAGAGGAAAGGCGCUGCCUUUGUUUUUUGAACUGUUGAUGAAGCACAGCUUGUUUGCAUGUGUUCAUGCUCUUUUACAGCAUCUGUAACAGCUUACAACAUGGAGUGAGUCUGAAUUUUGGCUCCAAAUGAUUUACAACAAUUGAUUCUCUGGAAUGUGGAAUUCUUUUAUACUACUUUUGAUACUAUUUCAAAUACGGAUUGUGUACAUUGAAGGCUUUUUAUAACAGUUGUAAAAGUCAGAUGAUAUUAACUACGGAAACAAUUGUUAUACUCACAAGUCUUUCCCUACUCGUCUUUCAAAAGUGAAAGGUUGGGUAGAUUUGUGGGUCACUUUUCUAUAAAGUUGUUAAGUGUAGACAUCUUGUGGAUCCAGAGUAAUAACCCUUGCCAAGAGGAUUCCACACAGAACUGGGGUCUGGCACCCCAUAGUUCAGCUAUAAUAUAGGGUUCUUGAAUUGGCCUGACCCUUGCAUUCUUAGAGCCGUGCUGUCUGGGCACCCCUGUGAAGCAGUGCCCAGCACUAACCUCUGAAGUACAGGUCAGGAGAGAAACAAAGUAGACUUUUCCAGGGGUCCCUCUGCCUGGGUGCCUCCCUUCCUCCCUGGAGCCUCGAUCUGGGGAGCACCUUGGGGUCACUGGGAGGCUUCUUGGACUGUUCCUCUCUGUAACACCAAGAGCAAGAAUUCCCUAACAACUUGUUUUGAAAAAGCAAUGUUUCAUUGCCCUUUCAAUUGUAAAGCAACCACUCUGCAAAUAAUACCCAGUUGUUAAAAGUUGAAUUAAAGGGAAAUAUUUCUUUAAAUCAAAAUAGAUGAAAAGGAUCCCAGUUUAAAGGGAUUUUUGCCCAUUUUGGAAAGUCAUAACUAAAAUGUUGAACAGUAAAUUACGGAGUAAAUAUUUACUCCGUAAUUAAGCAAGAGCCGAAGUAAGGUAGCUUAAUGUCUAGGUCUAUAAGCACAUUAAACUUUAUAAUAAGGAAAGCACAUUAAGGAAGCAUAUGUUAAGUAUUGUAACAGAAAAAUAGAAAAACACAAUGUUGGGUACUAAGGCGUUGUAGAUAGAAACUACUGUACAAUAAUGUCUUCCCAGUCCCUGAGUGAAGGCUGACACCCUCGUCCUCUAGUGAGCUUAUGUUCACACUCGUAGGCUUGCUGCUGAGCGCUGACAGUGGAUCGCUGAGAGAUGUGUUUAGUACCAGUGAAGAGUGCACCAGUGUGCUAGCUUCUGUACGCUGUAACUUGCACAUAUCCAAAAAGACUUUGACGAUGGUUUUGUGACUUACAGUGGAGUGCUAGUGGACGUGGGUCUCAAUUGUGGGUUUUUUUCCCUUUCCUGUCCCCCGUACUGUCUAUUGUUGGAGCUGACUUUGUGCCUCUGACCUUUACUUCUGAUCAUGUGGUAAUGCUAAACUCUUCUCACAGAUAAACUUGUCAUUGUUUUUCUAGAGUUUACAUUCCUAAGAAUAGACGUGACUUUGGAUAUUUUUUGUGCUCUCUACGUUUUUAAGGUGUUGAAAUAAACUGGAGUUGAGUUUUUUGAAGUUUUGUACGUUUGUAUACAUGUUCUCCAUAUGCAGUACUUUAUACAUCGUGUUUCCUCUUGUUUCAUUGAAAUAAAAACUAAAAAGUAA